AUGCGACUGGUGGCGGAGUUGUGUGGCUUACCGCGGAUCCAUUUGCCCGUUUCUAUUAUCGACCUUGCCGUGUGCGGAGGCGAACCAAGUUACCAUGGUAGUCACAGUCGUGUUUACAUGCAACAGCAAACAGUUUCCCAGUUAGUUCAAUAUUCUGUCCACUUGAAAGCUCUCUCAAAGGCAGUUGCGGCUAUGAGAGCUGUCCGAUCAACUAGAUACCGUCCGAAAAUACGGCGACACUCACUCAGCCCUCAGCAAGAAUCCGCAUGUCUGGCCAAAUAUCAAAGGUCUCUUGAUAUCCCAGAAACAGUCCACCUCCUCCGAACUUGUGUAGAACCUCUCACUCGUCGCUGGCCCAAAUUUGAUGCCAGCCCCCAACAAAGGUUAGCAAACUACAGCGGUGUGCAGUUGACUCUGUUUAGCCGAGCCCAAAUCAUCGGACCUGAUGCUGAUUGUUUAGCACGUCUGGGGCAGCAAGACCACGGUGAAUCCGAUAGUGGUGUCAAUAGAAGGUGUUUCAUUCCUCUAGAGGGCAAAUUGGUCAAAUUCACGGAGCGAUGUAUUCCUCCAAUCACUUGCUUGCAGUUGUGGGGUGCGGCGGCACAGGACCCGGUAAAUUGUGCCCUGACAGCUCUUCAGCUUACCGAGUUGGACGCGGCGAGUUUUGAGGCAACCUACCAGUUGGUUGUGGAGGCGGCCAAAUCAGGCAGUCUGGGACCAACUCACCUCUUCUCCGCAGCCCGACACCUCGAUGCUCGUGGCUAUCCUCUCUGGGCCUUCCCUCUCACCGUUCACGCAAUGCGUCUCUUCUCCCUCAGCGGUCUUCAGGAGAGCCAUCCAGUGGCGCACGAUGUGUUGUGGUCGUGUCUCCUGGCGCAUCGCAUCGGUCUCACAGCGCUCCAGGAGAUUCUCAGCCACGUGGUACGAAACGUACACUGUCCAACUCUCCUGGCGGAUAUUUUGCAUCGCUGUCGUGCUCCACCACCACCGUCUCUUCCACCACUGCCCACGCCCCAGUACCAUCCCCAUUCCCACCACCACCCUAACCAUCACCAUCGUGUGGAUGGCAAUCAUGUAUACGCGGGCUACUAUCCGACCUCAAAGCAGGCACAACCGCCUCUCUUGCCUGUAGACGCACCACCAUUGAAACCGCUACUGGAGGCUACUAUCAGCGCAUUCGUAGCGACCACGCACGCGCGUCUAGCCAACAUCUCACCGCGACAGUACGCCGACUUCUUGGAUUUUCUAUCUCGAGCACGCGACACUUUCGGCCUCCUCAAACCCGACGGACCGGCGCAAUUCCGCCAGCUCGUCAGCUGUCUGUGCCACUCCUAUCGCGGGAAGAGGAAAUUGAUAGCGCUUUUGAACGAGCGCUUUCAUCACACUUGA